CAUAGAAAACAAAAGAUUAUUAAAGCAAAAAAAUGCUGAAACUGUGUACCGUAAUUAUGGUUUUCAUUUCUAUUAGUUUUGCUUGUCUCAUAACAAACUGUCCUCGUGGUGGGAAAAGAAGUGGAGCUAUCACGUCGCUAGAAAAUAUAGUUAGAGAGUGUCCUUCUUGUGGGGCUGAUAAACAAGGCCAAUGUUUCGGUCCUCGAAUUUGCUGUGGUCCUUCCCUAGGAUGUUUAAUUGGUACUCCAGAGACACAUAAAUGCAGAAAAGAAAGUCUUUUCUCAAGACCUUGCAUCGCAGGAUACGCCAUGUGUCGAGGUAAUACCGGAAGAUGUGCAGCUAAUGGGAUUUGCUGUACGCAAGAAUCAUGCUAUGUGGAUGAUACCUGCAGGAUUACAGAUGACGUCAAUAACGAUCAUAGGAUUAUUUCCGAGCUCAAUGGAUUUCUUAACGAAGGCAAUGUCUUGGCAGAUCAUAAUCAGUAGUCGUUUAAAUCGAAUAGUACACCUGUCACAUUCUCUAAGAGUAUACAUCAUAUAAUUACGGCUUUGACAAGAAUUAUAUUGCAAAUAUAAUAUAUUUUACUUUUGCAAAAUGUGAAUAUUUUGCAUUACACGAGAAAUAAUUAAAAUAGGCUGUAAUGGCUGUCACGCAUUAUAAUUUGAAACUUAAAUAAAAGCGUACAAACUU